AUAAAUCAAAAUAAACUUAUUCAUAUCCUCUCUCUCUCUCUCUCUUUCUCUUUCUUCUUUGUUGCCUAAAAUGAAAUUUUCAAGAGAAGCGAAAAUAUAUUGUAUGCUUGUUAUUACAGGCAGCUUUUUUAUUGUGGAAAUUGUCGUUGGCUAUUAUGUGAAUUCAUUGGCAUUGAUCGCUGAUUCAUUUCAUAUGCUGAAUGAUUUACUCAGCAUGGGUGUUGCAUUAUGGGCUAUCAAAGUUGCUCAAAAAACACACUACGAUCCCAAAUAUUCAUAUGGCUGGCAAAGAGCCGAAAUUCUUGGUGCUCUUAUAAAUGGUGUGUUCUUGCUCGCCUUAUGCUUUACUAUCUUGAUUGAUUCUAUCGAAAGAUUCGCUUCUCCACAACCUGUCACUCGCCCUGUAUUGGUCUUGAUUACAGGUGGUGCUGGAUUGGUUGCAAACCUUGUUGGUUUAUUUUUAUUUCACGAUCAUGGACAUGGACAUGGUGGUCACAGUCAUGGAGGACACAGCCACGGAGGACAUAGCCACGCCGAACAUCACCAUAGUGAAGAGCAUCAUCAUGAUGUUGAAUCGGUUAAAUCUCAUGGCCAUGGACACGAAGAGGGAAAUUUGAACAUGAGAGGCAUCUUUCUGCAUGUCCUGGGUGAUGCCUUGGGUAACGUUGGUGUGAUUAUAUCUGCUUUGAUUAUCUGGUUAACUCCUUUUGAAUGGAGAUUUUAUUUUGAUCCUAUUGUCAGCACUUUAAUCACAGUCAUUAUUUUUAUGUCCGCAAUCCCAUUAGUCAAACAAACUUCAUCUAUUUUACUGCAAGGUGUGCCUAAUAGUGUUCCGCUACAGGAUGUCAAUGAGGCUUUAUUAAAGUUAAAUGGUGUUAUUUCGGUCCACGAAUUACAUGUUUGGCAGCUUUCUGACACAAAAUUGAUUGCCUCUCUGCAUGUGCUUCUAAGAUCUCGACAGGAUUAUAUGGUACUUGGAUCCAAAAUCCGUAAAUUACUUCACGGAUAUGGAAUUCAUUCAGCCACAAUUCAGCCAGAGUUUAUAGAAGACCAUUUAGACGAAAAGACUCAUAUUGAUGAUGACGAUGAGACAAACAGCGACAGUAAACUGAUUAUACAUGAUGCGCGACAUACACCACUCAGUUCUGCUAUCAACAAUAGUUCGGAAGAGGAUUUGAAUAACUCAUCGACAUGUUUAUUACGAUGCAUCGAAGACUCUUGUUUAGAAAACAAUUGCUGCCCUCCUGAUCAACAACAGCAACAUUAGAAAAGACAUAUAGAAGUUAUAUACCACCAUUAUUUUUUGUAUUUCGAUUUUGUAUCAUGUAGAUAAAUAAACCCUCUUUUGUUUUUAAAAAAAAAAGUUAAAAGUGAA